AGGCCCCCUCGUAAGCAACUCGCAACCAAGGCCGCUAGGAAGACCGCCGCUGCCGCCGCCACUGGUGGUGUAAAGAAGCCCCAUCGUUUCCGCCCUGGUACUGUUGCCCUCCGUGAAAUCAGGAGGUACCAGAAGUCUACCGAGCUUUUGAUCAGGAAGCUCCCCUUCCAGAGGCUCGUUCGUGAAAUCGCGCAGGACUUCAAAACCGACUUGCGCUUCCAAUCCUCCGCUGUUAUGGCUCUUCAGGAGGCCGCUGAGGCCUACCUUGUGUCACUCUUCGAGGACACCAACUUGGCUGCUAUCCACGCCAAGCGUGUGACUAUUCAACCUAAGGACCUUGCCCUUGCUCGCCGUCUGAGAGGCGAGAGGUCUUAA